AUGACCAAAGACGCUGCCAGAAAACGGGCAGCUGCCGUGGCUGCCGGUGUGGCAGCCGUGCCCCUGGCGCACGAGCUGUUGGCUUUCACUCCCUCCAACCUCGCACCGCGAGCCCGGUCACAGCCACAGCCCACACAGCAUGGCUCUGUGCCCAAGUCCAAGCCCACCAGCCGAGCGCUCUCAAGCACGGCAGGAGCUGCGACACUCACGGGUUUGGCAGCAAUGAUGGGACAUGGUGCGAAGAAGCGGGGUGGGAGUGGAACCACCAAAAAUAUCAAUGGCUUGACAGCGUGCUUGGGCCAGCCAUCAGCCAUUUUGGAGAAGUCCACCGAGGCAGGCGACCCCGAGAAGGUUUUAGAGCAGUACAUCAAGGACCUGGGCGGGAAGCGAGUCUUGCGAAAGUGGCUCAUUGCAAACAAUGGCAUGGCCGCCACAAAAGCCAUCCUUUCAUUGCGUCAGUGGGCUUACCUGGAGCUCGGAUUGGACAAUGCCUUCGAGUUUGUUGUCAUGGCCACUCCAGAGGAUCUGGAGGCAAAUGCCGAGUUCAUUCGGUUGGCAAACACCUAUAUCGAAGUUCCGGGGGGAAAGAAUGUCAACAACUAUGCCAAUGUGGAUUUGAUCGUCGAGAUCGCCAAGUCGCAGGGUGUAGAUGCCGUCUGGCCUGGCUGGGGUCAUGCGUCUGAGAAUCCCGAACUGCCGAGUCAGCUGAAGGAGCUGGGAAUCACCUUUGUCGGACCCACCUCGCCUGUCAUGUCCGUGCUCGGGGACAAAAUCGCAGCCAAUAUUCUGGCGCAGACGGCCGGUGUCCCAUCGAUUCCUUGGAGUGGUGACGGCUUGCAAGCCGACCUUGGCCCGGAUGGCACCAUUCCCAAGGAGAUCUUCGACCAAGGAACCGUCUCCACAGUUGAGCAGGCGAAGGAAGCAGUCAAGCACAUCGGCUUCCCGGUGAUGAUCAAGGCCUCGGAGGGAGGAGGGGGCAAAGGCAUCCGAAUGGUGCAGGAAGAGAAGGACCUCGAGAGCAGCUUCUUCCAGGUUCAAAACGAGGUGCCGGGCUCUCCCAUUUUUAUGAUGCAGCUUUGUCAGGGAGCUCGUCACAUUGAAGUUCAGAUUAUGGGAGACGAGUAUGGGAAUGCAGUUGCCCUUAACGGCCGCGACUGCUCUACGCAGAGGCGCUUCCAGAAGAUCUUCGAGGAAGGACCACCGGUUGUCGUGCCCAGAGAAACAUUCCUCGAGAUGGAGAGGGCAGCCCAGCGGCUCACUCAGAAUAUUGGGUACAUUGGUGCUGGAACCGUGGAAUACCUUUACAAUUCCAAAGAGAACAAGUUCUACUUUCUCGAAUUGAAUCCGCGCCUUCAAGUCGAACAUCCAGUGACAGAGGAGCUGACACGUGUCAACUUGCCAGCCACGCAGAUGCUUGUGUGCAGCGGCGUUCCCUUGGAAAUGGUUCCCCAAAUCCGACGCUUCUACGGCAAGAGCGACACGGACAAGACAUCUCCGAUCAGCUUCUUGGAAGACUUGUACGUCUACCCGGACCGGCAUGUCAUCGCCUCUCGAAUUACCGCGGAAAAUCCCGAUGAUGGCUUCAAGCCCACAAGUGGCAGAAUCGAGCGAAUCAAAUUCCAAAGUUCGGUUUCAUGUUGGGGUUACUUCAGCAUCGGCGCGAAAGGCGGAAUUCACGAAUACGCUGAUUCGCAGUUUGGACACAUCUUCGCGCACGGCGCAAACCGUGAAGAGGCGCGUAAAGCUCUGAUGCUGUCCUUGAAGAACAUUGAGGUCGUCGGCGAGAUCCGCAAUCCCGUAGAGUACCUUGUCGAGCUUCUUCAGCAGGAGGCCUUCGUUGCCAACAGCAUCGACACCUCCUGGCUGGAUGGCCUGAUCAAAGAGAAGUCGGUCACUUUGAGAUAUAACAUCAACGACGUGGUGUUCUAUGCUGCCGUCUUUAGGGCUGUCCAGAAUUUGAAGGCCUUUGAUGAGGAAGUGGAGGCCGCAUUGGCAAAGAGCCAGCUUGGACCUCUUCGGGACAUGUCCAAGAUGAACACGUUCCCUGUUGAAAUUACCUUCGAGGGUGUCAAAUACCAGUUCUCAGUCUCUCGCUUGGGACCAUCGCUCCUCGAACUGAGCAUUCAAAACCAGAAGUUCACGGCACAAGUCAUGGCACAGCCUGACGGCACUUUCCUGGUUUCCGUGGGUAAGACGGUGAUGCGCGUGAUGGGCUCUGAUGAAGCUCUUGGCCUCCGACUUCGAUUGGAUGGCAUUGGCACGAUCAUGCUUCCUACGGUUUACGAUCCUUCCGAGCUUCGCUCGGAGUUCAACGGAAAGAUCGUGAGAUACCUGCAGGAUGAUGGCGGACAGGUGAAGGAGGGAGAGCCUUACGUGGAGCUUGAGGCCAUGAAGAUGAUCAUGCCCAUCAAGGCAACCGCCACUGGCAAGGUGAGCCAUGUCCGGGGAGCUGGCAGCAUUGUUUCCGCAGGCGAGCUCCUGGCCAAUCUCCAGCUUUCUGAUCCUUCAAAGGUGAAGAAAAUUGUUCCCUUCGACGGCUCUUUCGCGAUUUCGGCGGAUGGGAAUGGAAAGGACCGCAGCUUGCAAGGGCAGUUGGAGAUGGUGCUGGAUGGUUUCACUUCGCAAGAAGAGCCGGCACUCAUGGCCCAGAAGAUGUUCUCCCAGCUUCCCGAGGCUGAAUGCGAUGAUGUAGCGUCGGCUCUGGUGGAACGCUAUUUGGCCGUGGAGGAAAAGUUCUCGCCCCUCAUCAAGGAGAAGUUGACCAACGACCAAAUCUAUGCGGAACUUAUCGCGCAGAACAAGGAGAACUUGGCUGCGGUUGCCUCACUGGCUCUUGCCCAUGGCCAGCUCAGCACGCGCAGUGCAGUGGUCCUGGCAGCAUUGCGCAGCUUGCGCAAACUCAACCCCUCGGCGAGCCUGAUGCAGAAGAUCGGGCGCUUGGCGGAGCUUGACAACACAGGUGGCUAUGGCGAGGUGGUCCUGGUGGCGACUCCAAGCUGGCACGAAGAGCUCAUUUGUGCGGAGACGACGAUGGCGCUGUUGAGCUCCGAGCCAUUUGAGGACAGGAGUGCGUCUUUGCGGUCUUUGCUGGACACCGACGGCCCUGACCUGAAGCCCAUCUCUGGAAUGGCCGCUAGCAAGGCUGGGGCAGAACUUCUCUCCAACCUGCUCUUGGACGUUCGCAAGAAUGCUCUUGAUGCAUUGGUGAGACGUUUGUACCGAUCCUUCAUCAUCAAGGACGUCAACAUCACGGAUCAGGGGGCUGGAGACAUGCGUUGCAACUUCAAAUUCCAGUUCCCGGGCACAGCGGAUGCGGAUGCUUUCCGCGAGGCUCACAUCAAGGUGGUCACCGACUUCGCCGCCGCCAAGGAGGCUUUGAAAGAGGACAUCUGCAUGGAUAAUGUCGAUGGCAACAGGAACACCAUGAAGGUAAUCGUGACUUCUCCUGGUGAUACCGCUUUUGACAAGAUGAGCUCGGAAAUGGAGGGGCUCUUGAAGUCGAAUGCGAAUUUGCAAUCCGCUGGCAUCCGAGAGGUCGGCUUGGUGGUGUCCAAUGUGCCGCAUGCCUUGCGCUAUGCAUCCUUUAUGGGCAGCGAUGACUGGAAGGAAAACUUGGCCACCCGUGACAUGAAGCCAUCCUUGCCAAAUGUACUGGAAGUCUACCGCCUCGCCGAAGACUACAAGUUGGAGAAGGUGAUGCCUCCUGUGGGCCGCAACUCGCAGGUGUACAUUGGCACACCCGUUGAUGCCGUGCCUUCCCGAACGAAUCCGUCCACAAUCUUUGCACGCAUGAUCAAGCACUCGCUGAGGGAUUUUCCCGAGAAUGAGAAAGCAUGGACGGAUUCGUUGGAGAACCUUCUGCUCAAUGCCGUGGAUGAAGUGGAGCGUGCCCGCCUGAAUCCCAAGAUCGGUUAUGGUCCCAACAGCAAUAUCUUCGCCCACAUCGUGGCUAAUGUCGAUGUCGAGCCCUCGGACGCCUAUGCCAAGCUGGAGGGGUUCCUCAACCUCUUCGUUGCCAGGCACCAGAGCCGUCUGGGCAAGAUGAAGGUCGACGAGAUCGUGGUGAAGAUUGGCAUCGGAAGUCAGAUGGAACGCAAGAAGACGCUUCGGCUCACUGCAAGUUCGCUUACAGGAGAGUACUUGCGCACAAGCGGCGCGCUUGAGACCUACGACGCCAUCACAGGCUCUCCGAAGGAAUGGUUCGAUAUUAAGAGCGGUGAGAAGACGCAGCUGGCUUCCGCGAAAGCGAAGAGCCGCUUGCAGCUGCGGAGGUCGCUCGCCAGAAAUGCCGGGUCCACCUAUGCACCGGACUUCCUCGGCAUGUUGAAGAUCGAGCUGAUCAAGAAAUGGAACAUGUACCAGGAGUCUGGAGGCUCCCGGAAAAUGCCAAGUGCCAUCUUCAAAAGCACCGAAUUGGUGCUCAGCGAGGAUGGGGAGUUGAAAGAGGUGGACAGGGAGCCGGGCCAGCACAACAUUGGCAUGCUUGCGUGGUGCUGCACGCUGCAAAGCCCGGAGUAUCCGGAAGGCCGUGACAUCGUGCUCAUCGCUAACGAUGUUACGCACAAGGCUGGCUCCUUCGGUGUGGACGAGGACGAUCUUUUCCAAAAGGCUUCCGAAUAUGCCCGCCAGCGAGGUCUUCCCCGCAUCCACAUCGCAUGCAACAGUGGAGCGCGUGUUGGCCUGGCAGAGGAGCUUAAGCCUUUCGUGAAGGCCAAAUGGACCGAUGAUGAUCCUUCCAAAGGGUUUGACUACUUGUAUCUUGAAGAGAAGGAUGCUACAAGCUUGCCGGAGGGGGCAGUAGAGACGCACACUGUCACUGUGGCGGGCCAGAAGCAGUAUGUCAUCGACUCCAUCAUCGGUGAGGGCUUGAAGUCAACACAGGGAGGUAUCGGAGUCGAAAACCUGAGAGGUAGCGGGCUCAUUGCAGGAGAGACGUCCAAGGCCUACAACGAGGUCUUUACACUGUCCUAUGUCACGGGCCGCUCAGUUGGUAUCGGCGCCUACUUAAACAGGCUAGGGCAGCGAGUUAUCCAGAUGGUCAAUGGGCCAAUGAUUCUCACAGGCUCGCGCGUGUGUAAGCUUCCAAGCCCAUGUGUUUCAGUUCUUUGUUGCUGA